CGGCUCCGCCGAGCGCUGGAAGGUAAGGAGCAGAGUCCGAAGGCUCCGGGUGUGAGGACCGCUUCCGGACUCCGGGUACGGCGUCUCACCGCAGCUGGCUCCCGACUUUUCUCUUUUCAGCCUCAAGGAGGGCUCGGGGCUGCAGAUGCUGAGGAGUGUUCAGCGUGGCCUCCUUUUCAGUGUCAUCAUCUCCUCCUGUGCCUCGGAUUCCCUCCCCGCAGACCCUUCCUCACGAAUUGGAGCCUUGCCCAUGGAUCUCGUUGGUUUUGGGUAUGCGGCCCUUGUGACAUUUGGAAGCAUUUUGGGCUAUAAGCGGAGAGGUGGCGUUCCAUCUUUGAUUGCUGGUCUUUUUGUUGGAUUUUUGGCUGCCUAUGGAGCUUACCGUGUCUCCAAUGACAAGCGAGAUGUAAAACUGUCACUGUUUACAGCUCUCUUCCUGGCCACCAUCAUGGGUGUGAGGUUCAAGAGAUCCAAGAAAAUAAUGCCGGCUGGGCUGGUUGCAGGUUUAAGCUUCCUGAUGAUUCUGAGACUUGUCUUAUUGCUGCUCUGAGAAUCCAGAGGAACUGAAAACUGAAUUCCUGUCAUUCCACACUAUCGGGCAGAGCAUACUCUAUGUAUGUAAAAGAUAAAUUUCAAUGUGGAAUGUUUAGUGUCUUAUUUUAUGUUAGAAACAAAAGAAACACUGUCACUUCUAAUAUGAACACUAGUUUGAGGUGUUUUUUUCUUAAACAAAAACUUUGUUUUCCAAUUGUCAGGUACUAUUUUCAUUAAAGAUAGUUCAUGAAUCGUGUUAUACUCUUUCAUUUGCUGUGCCUAGUUUUAUAUAUGUGGUAUUUUUCGACAAUUCCAAAUACUCGUCUGAAGUAAGUUUAAAUUAAACUACAGCUUAUUGGAUAAUGGAAUGCCCUAAGUGGGCUUCACAGAAUGCUAAUGUAUCAAUUUGUCAUUUGUGUUAUAUUAGAAAUUAUUAGAAAUUAUAUUUUUCCAUUUUAAUUGUUAAUUAAAUUAAAAUUGUUUAAUUGUUUUGAUUUUCCAUUUUAAUUGCUGUUAUCGUUAUUUUUUCCUUUAAAAAAAUCCAUUCUCAGCACACUCUGUGUGCUAACAGAAUGUAUUCAGUAUUCAAAUAAAAGACACUCUGUUUUAAACUUUCA